AUACAAAGAAUGAUAUGCCUAAAGAUAAUUUAGAUGAUGAUGAAAAUGAAGGUGUUAAUAGUGAUGACGAAACUGUAAUUGGGGAUAACAAUAAUGUGAGUAUUGUUGAAGGCAAAGACAUGAAUAGUGAAGAAUGA